UUUAUUACGUCAAUAUUAUAUAUUUAUUAUAGUCAUGUGAAUAUUUGUUCAUUUUGCUUUGUUUCUUCUUUUCGUUGAUUUUUUCUAAAUUUUGGUUUUAUUAGUAUUGCAACUGUAUAACAAAACACACACUGAGGUACAAAUUUGCUAAAAUACAGAAAUAUAAUUAUGUUAGACUAUUAUAUAAUAGUUUAUUAUAAAAUAAAAUUUAUAUUAAUAUUAUAAAAUACUAAUAUUAAAUGCUCAAGUUGAUUGCUAGAAUGUCAAAACUUAUUGUUAUCAUGCUUAAUUAAACUAUAUACACUAUUUUAAUAAUAUCUAGUCCAACAUAAAUGAUUGUUUUUUUAGCGAUUUACUCGCUAAUUAGUAAAAUCUAAAUUAUAAAAAACAUAUUUCUAUAACUUGAACCCGGAUAUUUCGAUUUGAAGCGUUCAAUCGACGAUCAAAUUGUUCUCCAAUCGGCCUCUCGUGGCAAUAAUAAAUCGUUUCUUUUACAUUGUAUUGCUACUUAAUGUUUUUUUGUAAUAAAAAAAAUGUAUUUUUGUUUACAGAACGGAAAUGCUAAAUGCACUCAACGUGCAAUCGGCUCCCAAUAAGAAUGCAGCCGGUUGACUUUCUCUGAAAGUGAAAUCUGUUCGACGAGAAAGUUAAUAAUGUCCCAAAUAAUUUAAAUAUGCGCAAAUAUUGCUUGCGCUUUAUACUUCCUUCCGCAUAAUCGUUUGACAACGACUUAUUGUUAAUGAGGAAUUUUUUCGCGGUAUAUGAGAAAACAGGAAAAUAAAAACUUAAUUAGAAGUAAGUAUAAAGAAUUAAAUCUAAUAAUAUUGUUAUUAUAAAAAAAACUAAUUGUAAAUAAAGGCUAAAUAAAUAAUUUUUAUUUUUUUACAAUCUAGUAUCUAAAAUUUCUUGUAAAACUUAUUUGUGAACUGAAAAUUGCAGAAAUGCUAAUUAACGGAUUUAAUCCUGUGCACCUAUGAUAUGUUUUUUCAAUUAUUUCAUAAAACAAAUUAAAAUAUAGUAAAACACACAGUUACAUACAUACAUAGAGAAUUCUAACAAAAAAAAAAUUCGCAAUUAUAAAGAAAGAAAAAACUAUACAAAUAUAUUUGCUAUUAGUUGUGACAAAGAAUCACCGCUGGGUGCAAGUAAUAAAACGGAAUUAAUGAUUUUACUUAAAAGACAAAUAUGAAAGUAUGAAAGUAAGCAGGAAAAAAGAACAGUAAAGGACCGGUAAAAAGUAUCCCAGCCGACAGUGGGUCGUCGGAUUCGAACGGCCAGGUGUAUUCAUUUCUCUGCAAAUCGCGUGUGCAACAACAUCCGAGUGUGGUCCGAGCGAAAUUAAAAUCGUCUGCAUCUUGAUAUCCGCAUAAAAAGCGAGUAUCAGUUAUAGAAUUUUCAAAGUUAAACCUAUUUUUAAAUCGCUCGUUUAACUUUGUGUUAAAUUUCUUCUUGCAGUGAGUAAAGGAUCGAUCGUGUUUUCGACAAUGGAUGACGAGACGGGAGAAAAGUUAGAUGAGAUAUUCGGGACUAAGCCCAGCCUCGUAAAGGUCCAACCCAGCCAUUGUUUAUUACCGCCGAAAAUUGUCUUCUACGCGCAAAAAAUACGUGACAUGCCGGUGUAUGAGGAUGACGUUUGGAUGAUCUCGUUUCCUCGAACUGGAAGUCACUGGGCGCAGGAAAUGGCAUGGUGCAUCGGACACGAUUUUGAUUAUGAAAAAGCUCGCACGAUCAUAUUAAAGCGAAGUCCUACCCUUGAAGGUUCGGUUAUCAUGGUCAACGGGAAGUUUGACGAAUGGUUCAAAGAUCUGGGUGACUCCGUCGAAAAUAUAAAAAAUAUGCCAAGACCACGGUACAUCAAAACCCAUAUACCGUGGGACUUAUUACCGAGGCAGUUUCACGAGAAAAAGCCAAAGACGAUUUACAUCACGAGAAAUCCGAAGGACGUCUGCGUCAGUUAUUACUAUUACUGCAAGGUAUUCCAUGGUAUGAAUGGAAGCUUCGACGACUUCGCGGAAUUGAUGCUGUGUGACAGUGUGCCGUACGCUCCGCUUUGGGAUCACGUUUUGCCCUUUUGGAAGAACAAAGAUCAAGAGAACAUACUAUUUUUGACGUACGAAGAAAUGAAACAGAAUCAAAUGGCGGCGAUUAAGAAAACAGCGAAAUUUUUAGGGAAAAGCGUGACAGAGGAGCAGGUUAUCGGGCUCAGCGAACACCUAAAAUUCUCGAAAAUAUCAGCAAAUCCAUCGGUGAACGUACAGCUGUUGCUAGACAACACGGACGAGCCGAAAAACGAUCCGAAUCUGAAGUUCAUCAGGAAGGGCAAGGUUGGCGAUUGGACGAAUUACAUGUCAGAAGAUCUCGCGCGACGAUUCGACAAGUGGACGGAGGAACAUUUAUAUGGGACCGGUCUAAAAUUCGAUACAGACAUUAUGCUUGACGAAGAAUAAGUAUAUAUGAAACAAUUACAUGAAAGCUAAAUAAAUAAUUUUUAAUGGAAAUUAUUUAUUUGUAAAAUAUCAAGGUUUAGCAUCAAAAUUAAAAAUAAAUUUACUUUUUAUUUCAAUUUUGCACUGCAAUUUGUUAUCAGAGUUAAAAAUUUCUACUUUUUUUUCAACAUUGCCGAAAUUCUGCAGUUAAAAUGCAUUAAUGUAAUAUCAUGCUUAUAAUAUGAAUAAGUGUCACUUUCAUGUAUAUAAUACAUUUCAAUUAUUUUUUUUACUAUAUAUAUAUAUUUACAAUUAUAUAGAUUACAUAUAUAUAUUAAAUAUCUUAAUCAUAUGUGUAUCUUUUUCACUACUUUUUAAAAUGUUUUUUUUCGUAUCGCAUAUAAUCGUAAGUAAAAGACUGUAUUCUUUAUGUGAAUUAUAAAUAUACUGUUAAUAUAAUAUCAUUGUAAUCAAUUGUUGCUUUAAACAUGAAUAAAUAACUUUUGUCAAUUUAAAUAAAACCAAG